AUGUCCAUUUCAUCUGGAUCGUCAUCUCCUUCGUCAUCAUUGUCCUCUUCUCCUCCACGCACUCCCCCGAAUCUGCAUCAAAACAGCAUCGACCCUUCGUCGCCAUGGCUCGUGCAAAAAUUUGGUGGAACGAGCGUUGGAAAGUUUGCAGUGGGUAUUGCGAGGGACAUUGUCUCAAGCUAUAUCGACUCCAACAAGGUCGCUAUAGUAUGCUCGGCGCGUUCAGGAUCGACAAAAGCAUUGGGAACGACCAACUUAUUACUGAAAGCGGCAUCAGAAGCCCUCCAACGAAGACCGAAAACACAGUCCGGUUAUACCACUCCAGUAUCCAAUGGCAUAUUCGGACGCCUUUCUGAUGGUUCUCAAACGCCAUCGAGCAGCCCUCGCAGUAGUACUGAGGGCUAUCCUUGGUCUGGGAUGACACCUAUAAUACCUCAACUAGAAACUCUUCCUGCUUUUCAUGCAACUGUGGAUUUGAUACGUCAGGAGCAUUUCAAUGCUGCUCGUGCCUGUGUUGGUGACCAAUCCAUUCUACAAGAACUCGAAGCAGAGAUCGAGCGCGACUGUGAAUGGCUGCGGAGUUUCUUGUAUGCGUCCCAGGCGCGUCUUGCCACAUUUUAUCCGGCGAACUUAACUUACGGGCCGUUGCAGGUGAUCGACGAGAUUUCCCCGCGAUCGAAAGACACCAUUGUCGGGCUAGGAGAGCGACUAGCAUGCAAAUUCAUGACGGCUGUACUUCGCGACCAAGGCAUUGACGCAGAGUAUGUGUCUCUGGAAGAUAUUGUGCCUGUAGCGGAAGACGAGUCGAGUGACGAUGACUCCUUAGAUCAAGAGUUCUAUGACCGCCUUUCCGAGGCCGUUGGCGAGCGUAUCAAGCAAUGCGGCCCCAGAGUUCCCGUCGUUACAGGCUUCUUUGGACCCGUACCAGGCUCCCUAUUACGCCAGAUUGGUCGUGGAUAUACCGACUUACUUUCUGCUUUACUUGCAGUUGGCCUCGAAGCAUCUGAACUGCAGAUUUGGAAGGAGGUUGAUGGAAUCUUUACUGCUGAUCCUCGCAAAGUACCAACCUCGCGACUUAUCAGCAUCAUUUCACCGGCAGAGGCAGCUGAGCUGACCUACUAUGGCAGCGAAGUGGUACAUCCAUUUACUAUGGAGCAGGCUAUUCGGCGCAAGAUACCCAUUAGAAUCAAGAAUGUCGAGAAUCCACGAGGGGGAGGAACUGUCAUCCACCCAGACCCAGAGGAAGACGAUGCUGGCCAAAUUGAAGACGAUGUUGGCAGCGUUCCUGAACCAGCUUCUCCCGUCGCUCUCGCUCUUCUAAGAGCUCGAGCCACCGAAAACCAUCAUCCCAGGCAUCCCACGGCCGUGACAAUCAAAGAGCACAUCGUUGUCCUCAAUAUCAACUCGAAUCGCAAAAGCGUCUCGCAUGGCUUCCUUGCCGGUAUUUUUGAGACGCUGGAUCGAUUUGGGGUUGUUGUGGACCUCAUCAGCACAAGUGAAGUCCACGUGAGUAUGGCGAUCGAGGACGGGUUGGCAAAGAAAGUCUUGGAGAAGCUAUUGAAGGAGCUGCGCAAGAUUGGCACCGUCUCAGUGCAUCAUGAUAUGGCAAUUCUCUCCUUAGUAGGGAAACAUAUGCGCAAUAUGAUUGGUAUUGCUGGACGGAUGUUCACCACACUAGCCCAAGGCAAGGUCAACAUCGAAAUGAUUAGCCAAGGUGCCAGCGAGAUCAAUAUUUCUUGUGUUAUCGACGGAAAGGACGCGGUCAAGGCGCUAAACCUCAUCCACCAAAGCUGUUUGCAGCCUCCAGAAGCGCUUCCUGCCCCUAAAAGCAUUGCUGUGGGACCGUGGCUCUUUUAG